AUGCCCCGCCCCGACCUGAACUUCCACAUCUCAACCCCGCGCCUAGUAAUCUCCCAUCUCGACUCCGAAUCUGACUCCCACUGCGACUUCCUCGUAUCCCUCUACGACACCGAGGAACAACGCGCCCGCAACAAAGUCGCACAUCCCAUGCACGAUCGUGAAGCCGCGCGCAAGACUAUCCUGAGCAACGACCACAUCUGGACCGAUGGCUACGGGCGAUACCUAGUCAGUCUAAAGCCCCCAACUUCCUCCACAGCCACAGAAGCAGACGCCGAAACCGUCCCGUUUGCAGAGAGAGCAAAGAACUAUGAAAAGAUCGGUGUCGUAUCAUUGAAGUUCCGCAGAUUUGAAAACGCACCGUUGGCGCCGGAUGUGGGGUAUGGCUUGUUCCCCGCUUUCCAGGGGAAGGGGUAUGCGACGGAGGCAGCAGCUGCUAUGGUGAAGUAUUUCGAAGAGGAGAAGGGACAGCGCGAGUUCUUUGGGUUUUGUGAUCCGGAUAAUGAGGGCUCGAAGGGGGUGCUUAGACGGAUGGGGUUUGAAGAGAGGGGCGUAAAGGACAUUAAGGGGCUUUAUUCUGACGAUCAUGUUAUAACGGGAAUGGUGUUUAGUAAGGGCUUGACGAGAGAUCUGGAGGCUUAUGGAUUGAGUUGA